AUGCUGCGGAUCACGUGCUUUCUGCUUCUCGUGAACGCCCUGCGCUCGGCGGCUCAAGACGUUAAAGCUUUAGGCAUCGCCAACAUCGACAUGGUUCCCAACGUGACCAAAGUCCUCAACCUCAAAGACGUGUUCAGCAGAAAAGUCUUUUAUACCAGAGACUGCGAUGAACUCUACAGGCUGGGUCACCGGCAGAACGGCCUCUACGUCAUCCGACCAGAAGGCUCGCCCAAGCUGGUGGUCCAGUGUUUCAUGUACGACUGCGCCGGGUGGACGGUCAUCCAGAGGAACAGCUUCAACACGGAGAUCACGUGGAGCGAGUCCUGGACCACCUACAAGUACGGCUACGGGAACAUCGAAUCCGACCACUGGCUGGGCAACCACUACAUUCAUCUCCUAACGGCUCAGAAGUGGAACAAAGUGAGGAUCGACCUGGUGAGCCCGGAGAACGAGGCGCGCCACGCGGAGUACGACAGCUUCUACGUGACCGGCGAGGACGAGAAGUACCGGCUGCGGUUAGGGACGUACAGCGGAGACGCCGGGGACUCCAUGACGUCCGGCGCCCUAAAAAACAUGCACGACAACAUGAGGUUCUCCACGCACGACAACGACAACGACCGCAGGUACAACGCCAACUGCGCCGACGAGCACGGCGGGGGGUGGUGGUACGACUUCUGCUACGACGCGCAGCUCAACAAGAAAAACGGCAUCCAUUGGGAGACGCUGUGCGACCAUAACUGCAAACGCUCCGUGAUGAUGAUAAAGCCCGUCCACAUGUACUGUUACCGAGCGUAGACGGCCCGGGCAGAAAUCACCGAGACGGGGUAAAAAUAAUAGUGACCUGUAAGAUAUUCACGCCCGGGCCGUUCUAAAGCCCCCUCCUGCCGAAACGAAAAGUAAUAAACGCGUUACUGAAGCAAACGUUACCGUCUGAUAAACGUAUCAUUUGUGUCUCCCGGAGAUUCUAUUCCGUUACAUUAUUGUUCAUUUUCUUCUUCUGCUGACUCUUUAAAGCUGCUGUUCCACUGAGACGAAAACAUUAACUGCAAAUUAACAUUAGCAAUUAUCUGUUUACUCUAUUAAAGUUUUAAUCACAUGGAAAC